AUGGUUUCUAUGCAGAAGUCGGAUAGGUCAGAAUUUUUAAGUCUUUUCUACCAAAGAUCCAUCUAUACACUUGUGAAACCAAUGAUGGAUAAUGUCAAAGGAGGAACGAUCAAACGAGAUGACUAUUGUACCGCUAAUCGCCAAUCGUUGGUUGUUCGAUUACUGUGCUUUUGCAUCGAGCAUCAUUCAUUUUCAAUGCGGCAGCAUUGCAUUUCGAACGAUUUGCUCAACAAAGUGCUUGUUCUCCUUCAAAGCAAGCAUCAUUUCUUGGCUUUAGGGAAGAAAGCCAUGUUGGUGCUCAUGACGAAGCAUCAGCUGGAUCCUCUUAUUAUCUUAUACGUUUCAGCUGCUUUAAAAAUGCUGCGCACAGUGUUGGCAGUGAAGGACGAUUUCUAUAAUCGGUACAUCGUCAGAGAGAAGGUACUGGAUCGUGUCGUUGAGUGUUUCGUUCGAAACGGUGCACGGUACAACCUUUUGAACUCGGCAAUGCUAGAACUCUUCGACUAUAUCCGAUCGGAGGACAUUAAACCGCUGGUCAAAUACACAGUAGAGAACCACAUGUCCUCAUUUGAAGACGUGACCUACGUGAAGUUAUUCUCCGAGCUGAAGAUACGCUAUGAACAACAGCGCGAUCGUGAGAAUUCGGCGAAGAUAACCGCUGACGAGAGAGUGCCAAGUCCGGCAGCGUUCGCUAAAGAGCGGCAGGAAGAGCAGUGGUUCGAUGGCGAGGAUGAUGACGCAACCGAAUGCAAGAAAGAGCCGAUUGAAGAAGACUGGGAUAGAACCAUGUUCCCUUCGGUACUGAAACGGAAGAAUGCGUUCGAUGAGGACGAUGGAGCCGUGUUCAGCGGUCAAGUUGCACUACUGACACCAGUGAACAUUGUGACUGAGAAGAAAAUCGUUAUAAAGGUGGGCGAUCGGUCUCGAACUCCAUCGCCGUUAGGUUCACCUCUAUCAUCAACCCCGCCUCCACCGCAAGCUCGUGAAGAUGAAGUCUCUUCUUCGCAAAACAACAGCAAGGAGAAUAGUCCAAUGAGCAUAAAG